CAUAAUUCUCUUGAGAGGAGGAGAAGAGAGGAGAGGACAGCACCGGACCCGCGACAGAGAGGGAGAGGCAGAGGCAGCCAGAGGCGGAGGAUCCGGAAUCAACCUCGCCGGCGGCCGCCGCGGUGAUGCCGGUGGGGGAGUUGGCUGCGCGGCCAGGCGGCGCCAUGGCGGCGGCGGCCGUGGGAGGGGACGACGCUGUCGUCAUGCAGCUGGCCGCCGCCGAGGGCGAGGAGACCGUCAUCACCGUCAACUGCCCCGACCAGGCCGGCCUCGGCUGCGACCUGUGCCGCACCAUCCUCGAGUUCGGCCUCCGCAUCACCCGCGGCGCCAAGAAUUCUGCGAACCUGGAACCCUUCGUUGUCGUCGACUAAAAUUCGAUUCUUGUGUAUGUGUGUGUGUGUGAUUUUAGCAGACGUGUCUACGGACGGCCACUGGUGCUUCGUGGUGUUCUGGGUGGUGCCCCGCUCCUCGUCCAUCAGAAUCCGGUGGGCGAGCCUCAAGAACCGGCUCAUGUCGAUGUGCCCUUCCUCCUACUCCAUCCCGUUCUACCCGGACAUGAGCCAGCCGGGCCCCUCGCAGUUCUACCUCCUCAAGCUCUUGUCACCGGACCGCAAAGGAUUGCUGCACGAUGUGACGCACAUACUAUCAGACUUGGAGCUUAUAAUCCACAGAGUGAAGGUGUCGACGACGCCGGACGGAAGAGUCGUGGACCUCUUCUUCAUCACCGACGGCAUGGAGCUGCUGCACAAGAAGGAGAGGCAGGAGGAGACCUGCUCGACGCUAAUCGCUGCCCUGGGCCCUUCCAUAAGCUGCGAGGUUCUGUCGGCGGAAGGGUUCCAGCAGGGAUUCUCCUCUCUCGCGCCGAAGAUCGCCGAGGAGCUGUUCCGGGUGGAGCUAGCAGGCGACGGCGAGAUGUGCUCGAGCUCGCUUAUUAGCGCAGAGCUGAAGAAGGUCCAGACUGCCACCAUUAAUUUCGACAACUCCCUCAGCCCCGCGCACACGCUGGUCCAGAUCAUAUGCGCCGACCAGAAGGGGCUCAUCUACGACAUACUGAGGACGAUGAAGGACUGCAACAUCCAGAUAUUUUACGGGCGGUUCAGAUCGGACAAGAAAGGCGGGCGGCCAGGCAGCAAAGGCUGCCGAGAGGUUGACCUGUUCGUGAAACAAGUGGACGGCAAAAAGGUUACGGAUCCUGAGAAGCAGGACGCUCUGCGGGCGCGCCUGAGAUCCGAGAUGCUCCACCCGCUCAGGGUCAUGGUCGUCAGCCGCGGACCGGACACGGAGCUCCUCGUCGCCAACCCGGUCGAGCUCUGCGGGAAGGGACGGCCGCGCGUGUUCUACGACGCCACCCUCGCCCUGAAAGCGCUUGGGGUCUGCAUCUUCUCGGCUGAGAUUGGGAGACAGGCAGCGUCCGAGCGGCAGUGGGAGGUGUACAGGUUCCUCCUGGACGACAGCAGGGAGUUCCCGUUGACGAACAGUCUCGCUAACAGGAACCGUGUGGUGGAUAGGGUGAGGAAAACGCUGAUGGGAUGCUACAACUAGUAGGGCUCCUCUCCUCGGUGUCGACCUGUCUGUCUCUGCCAAGAAUAAUGCAAAGCUUCAAGGCAACUAACUGGUGUUUCUAGACUCCGUUGUCGUCGCUGCCCACAGCUAGCUGCCUGCUUCGUCGUCUCAACCCCGUCGCAGCUGCGUGGGAUUUCAGAGCUAGCACAACAAAGCCGUGAAUGACUUCGACACACACAAAUGAUGCUGCCUGUGUGUGCCAUGGAUCCGUUGUAUACAUGCUGAGAAAGAGUAGACAGAGAGAGAAGAGCAUGUUUGGUGGGAGGUGCGAGCCGCCGGAGCAAUGAUUGAGCUUUUGUUUGGUUCAGGGGGGUGGGAUUACUGGAUGCUGACACAGAUACAUGAAUCUCUGCUUCACCACCUUGUUUAUAUCUCCUUCCACUUCCACACACACCUUCCCUGUAUAUGAUUGCCCCGCUAGUAGCACUUUGUCUUCAAGAGAGGGAGACCCUUGUCUCCUCAUGCAUGUAAUGUAAGCGCAGUUUGUACUUGGAUGCAUGCUAAUUUUACUUAACUAUUAUGCAGAGAAUAUGUUGGUGUU